AUGUCUCUGUGAAUAAAAGCUAUAUGCUAAUGUCCACAUACUCAGAAGCGCUUCAGUGGCUUUACUGCUAUAUUGUACAUAAACCGCAGUCUCUCCGGUUGAGUUCUCACGCCACAGUGCGCGCGUAAAAUGUCUCCAGAUAUGAAGUUUGGCGCGCGUCAUCUUAUAAAACUCUAAAACUACUUAUUUAACGAUAGCAGUGUCUUACAGGCUUUUAGAUUCCUAAGAAAUGUUUGAGGACAACUUUAUUUCCGCCGAUAUUUAAGAGUGGCAGUGAGACACUACAGCUGGUUAAAGGACUGUAUGGAGACCGUCACAUGAGAUCUGAUGUCAUACGGGACGCGCGGCAGAGGCAGCUGCUCUCGUAAGGUGGCAGUCAGUCAUCAAUUGAAUAGGAGCAAAGAAAUCAACGCAUUGCGCACAGACAUUAUUGUUGUUAUAAAACCUUGGGAUUUUCAAAUUAAAUUAGCGGUUUGCAGUUUGUAAUAAGCUGAACUUUUCCAGCGACAUUUGAUCUUAUUUUGCAAAUCGACAGACGAUGGACAGCAACGUGGUGCAGAUUUUAAGGGAGGACAAAUGCCCCUUAUCUCACCCCGAGAAGUGUUUGCCCAACUUCACAUGGCAGUCUGUUGUCUCGGACAUUUAUAACUAUUCACUGAAUGAAAGCUGGACGAACGAGCAGGAAACUAGGUCCCCUAUCAUUCCGAUCAUCGCUGCCGUGUACUCUGUGGUGUUUGUUGUCGGACUAGUGGGAAACUGCCUUGUGAUGUAUGUCAUUAUCAGAUACACUAAAAUGAAAACCGCCACCAACAUCUACAUCUUCAACCUGGCUGUUGCCGAUGCCUUGGUAACCACCACCAUGCCCUUCCAGAGCACAGAUUACCUACUGAACUCCUGGCCGUUUGGUGAGGUGGUGUGUAAGGUUUUCAUCUCCAUCGACUACUACAACAUGUUCACUAGUAUCUUCACUUUGACCAUGAUGAGCGUGGACCGCUAUGUGGCGGUCUGCCACCCCAUAAAGGCCCUGGACUUCCGGACUCCGAUGAAGGCUAAGAUCAUCAAUAUCUUCAUCUGGGUGUUGUCCUCGGCUGCUGGGAUCCCUGCAAUGGUUCUUGGGAGCACUCAGACAAACAAUGGCACGACAGAGUGUGCUCUGCAGUUUCCAGAACCGUAUAUCUACUGGGACACAGUGAUGAAGAUCUGCGUCUUCAUCUUCGGCUUUGUGGCUCCCCUCCUCAUCAUCACCGUUUGCUACACGCUCAUGGUCCUGCGCCUUAAAAGCGUCCGCCUGCUGUCGGGCUCGCGGGAAAAAGACCGCAACCUGAGACGCAUCACCCGCCUGGUGCUGGUUGUGGUCGCUGUGUUUGUGGUGUGCUGGACGCCCAUACACAUCUUCAUCUUGGUCAAAGCUCUCGCGCACGGAGUGCCGGAGACCACAGCGGUCAUGGCCGCCUACUUCUUCUGUGUGGCGCUUGGAUACACCAACAGCAGUCUUAACCCCAUCCUGUACGCUUUCCUUGAUGAGAACUUCAAACGGUGCUUCAGGGACUUCUGCUGCCCGGGUCGGGCCAAGGGGGACGGGCACGGCGUCAGUCGGGUCAGAAGCACUCUUCGUGAGCACACCUGCCCGGCAGAGGCCAAACGGGACGGAGGCCACGGUCGACCCGUAUGACUAGCCGUGGAGCUAUCAUCCUUUCAGGGUCGAGAGGACUCCAAUGACCUGGGACUGACACAGAUCACCACCACCAUCUGAGGAAGAGAAUGUGCCCUUUAUGUUUUAAAAUAACUAUUGCUAGAGUUUGCAAAAAGUGAAAUCAUCGUCUUGUUUGGUCUGUCCAUCCAUAUGCAAAUUUUUACAGUAUCACUUCAUUCAAAUCUUUGUUUUUUUCAAAUCACUUUCAUCAAAUCAUGUCCAUCGACCAAAGAUGUUGUAUGGUUAAAAUGUCAUUGCGUAAUGUUAUAAGUCUUCUGUGAUAUAUAUAUAUAUAUAUUAUUUUACUAGCCACUAUAUUUUAAUUCAAACAUAUAGUUUCCUUGGGUAGAAAUGAUAAAUAUAGACAAUGUAGACAAAAACAACAAACAAACACAUUUUAUGUUUGCAUUCGUUUGUACUGGUAAUUGUUUAUUUUGGAUUGUAAAACAGCCCUGUUUUCUAUAAAAAAGACAAUAGAAAGUAGAUUAGUAGACAAUAGAUUGUUAUAGAUAGAAAAAAUCUACGUAUAAUAAUAAUCAGAUUCAGCAGUGUCACAUAAUUUUGACUCAGGAAACUAUAUAUCUCCAAUGACAGAAAAGUAAAAAUGUAUGUCGUCUAAGCAGUGUUAUCGGAAUUGCUUACUGUCUGAAAUGCGCUUUACAUUCUCUGUAUUUGAUUUAGAUUGAAGGAUUAUUAUGUAUGAAAAGGAUUAUGAAUGAUUGUGGAUAAAGGAUUAUGUAUCUAAGUUGCCUUGGGAGUCUUAGCAUUUUUGAGCUGUUUUUUUGUUUGUUUGGCUGCGGGUCAGGGGGAGAUAGGGCUUUAAAACAACCAACUAAAGAACUGAAUCUCCUUAGUCAGGUUGUUCUUGCUUAAUACAGUGUAUUAUCCUUUCUAUUAUCCUGGAGGGAAACAUGUACAUCUCUAUUGCAUGUUUGACAAUGUUAAAAAUGUUGAAAUCUUUGAGUAACGUUUAUGUAAAAACAGCUUUUAAAAAAGCAUUUAUCUGAAAAGGUAGAAUGGCAGUAAAAUGUCUCAAGCAAAACACUUCAAACAUAUGUGUCAGGUGCCUUACACAUUGUUUUGUAUUGAUGUUAUUGAUGUAACAGUUGACUUUAAUGAAGUAUUUCUAUAUGUAUAUACUAUCAGAGAGGAGAGACAUUCUGCCUAUGAUGGCUUAAAAAUGUAAUCUUUUAGUGUUUUGUUUUGUGAGUGUGUAUGUGCCUGGAGGCAGAAGUCUGUUAUUGGAAGAUUCACUCAUCAAAAGAGAAAUUAUGACAUCAUCAGUGCUCUAUUGCCAUAACAAUUACAAGUAGCUAAUUGUAAAAAUCUUGUUUUGAAAAACAUAAUUGAUAUAUAUAUAUAUAUAUAUAUAUAUAUAUAUAAUUGUAUUUAUAUAAUUAAUAUAAUUAUAUUACAUAUAAUUGAUGACAUUGAUAGGGUGCACUCCACUCGUGUUAAUUAAAUAAACAUGCUCCUCCCGAACUUUGUUAAUAAAUCAUAAUUUUUCAUAAAUCAAAACAAAAAAACAUUAUUGCAAGUUUUUGGUCAUCUUAUUUGCUUUAUUGGACAGUGAAGUGCAGAGUGAGAAAAGCUUCUGUAAGUUCCACUGUACUUUUAGUAAUGUGCUUGUACUACUACUAUAUAACAGCAGAUUUGGAAUGUCUUAGAAAGUUUCCCUCUCCGCUUGUUUUAAUAUGUGCAAUUUCAAAAAAGAAUUCAUUUGAAAUCGAAUGAAAUGAGCUUUGCUUUGCAAUCAGUUGUACUAACUUGUAUAAUAUUACCUGUAUUUGAAAAUGAUACUGUCAUUAAAUUGAACGAAUCAGUGUUGAGAUGA